GCCAGGACUUUUCAUAUGACGUGUUUGCUGCCCUAUGUGGAAUGGCUCUUUGACAGCUGUCCCCAUCGCUGCUAGGGGUAAUGAGCACCCUUCGUGUCAGCCUCGUUCCCGAGGAGAGGGUCUGAGUAAGAAGUGAAAAUUGCUCCUCACACAUGAAGUCUGGGCCUUGCAUGGUGGGGUGGAACCUCAUGGAGCAAUCUUGUACUGCUGCUCCCCUACUGCUGCACCCGUUGUGUGGAUUGGGGGAAAACAAAUCUUCACAGCAGUACUAAGGCCCUAAAUCAGCAAAGCAUUGAAACCUGCCUCACUCUAACCAUAUGAGAAAUCCCUAUCCAACAGAGCACUGAAACACACGCUUAAGACAGGCAAUUAAAGAUAAGCAAGUCCUUCAAUACCUUGCUGAAGUGUGGCCUAUGCAGCUUUAGCCAUUCUUAUUUGGUCUUUCCAGGGUUUGAUGGAGAACUUUGUGGAAGUCGCAGAGAUUUGUCUUUCAACCUCUCAGACGUUAACCCAAAGCAUCGCAGGCUCGUCCUCCCUCGGCCAAGAAAGACCCAGGCAGAGCGAAGAGCAGGGAAGAAAUGGCGGAGUUGCCAGUCACAGAACUAACUCUCGAUUCGGCCCACUCCAGUGGCAGGUUCACCAUUAGCACCCUGAUCAGCACCGAGGACAGCAGCAAACCUCACUACGGACAGCCUGAUGCCGGUGACACUGUCCAUCCCAGCCAUCUCACCCACAGCAGCACUUUGUACUUGAGGACCUUUGGCUACAACACCGUGGAUGUUGUGCCAACUUACGAACAUUACGCCAACACAAAAGGCGCAGGUGAAACCCAUAAAGUUAGGCCCACCCUGGCAGAUCUACAUUCUUUCCUGAAGUUGGACAGUGGCCGUCUCCACGACCCAGCGUACGAGCCCCAGAGAAGUAGCGGCCUGAGUGAUGAAGCAACUGAGGAAGACGGUGGCGAGGGUGGGGCAAAGCCUCCAGGAGAGCCUGUCCGAUUCGGAUGGGUGAAAGGGGUGAUGAUUCGUUGCAUGUUGAACAUCUGGGGUGUGAUUCUCUAUUUGCGAUUGCCCUGGAUCACUGCCCAGGCAGGAAUUGCACUCACGUGGCUGAUUAUCUUCAUGUCUGUGACAGUAACGAGCAUCACAGGCUUGUCAAUCUCUGCCAUCUCCACCAACGGCAAAGUGAAAUCAGGUGGCACGUAUUUCCUCAUCUCAAGAAGUCUCGGUCCAGAACUGGGUGGCUCCAUCGGUCUCAUAUUUGCCUUUGCAAAUGCAGUAGCAGUGGCCAUGCAUACGGUGGGCUUUGCGGAAACUGUACGUGACCUGCUCCAGGAAAGUAACUCGCCCAUUGUAGAUCCCACAAAUGAUAUCCGCAUCAUCGGGGUCAUCACAGUGACAGUGCUACUUGGGAUUUCCUUGGCUGGAAUGGAAUGGGAAGCAAAGGCACAGGUGCUGUUCUUCAUAGUCAUCAUGAUUUCCUUCAUAAAUUACGUAGUGGGGACGGUGAUGCCAGCCUCUGAGGAGAAGCAGGCAAAAGGAUUCUUCAGUUACCGAGCGGAUAUUUUUGCUCAGAACUUUGUGCCAAAUUGGCGUGGACCCGAUGGCACCUUCUUUGGUUUGUUUUCCAUUUUCUUUCCAUCAGCAACAGGCAUCUUGGCUGGAGCCAACAUUUCAGGUGAUUUGAAGGAUCCAGCAGUCGCCAUUCCCAAAGGCACACUGAUGGCUAUAUUCUGGACUACGGUAUCCUAUCUGGCUAUUUCUGCUACAAUUGGUGCCUGCGUGGUACGCGAUGCCUCCGGGAACUUGAAUGACUCCAUUCCUAUUGGUUCUCUGGGCUGUGAAGGACUUGCCUGCAGCUAUGGGUGGAACUUCACGGAGUGUGCCCAGAAGCAGAGCUGCCACUAUGGACUCAGCAAUUAUUACCAGAGUAUGAGCCUGGUGUCCGGAUUUGCCCCGCUGAUCACGGCUGGAAUCUUUGGGGCCACCCUCUCCUCAGCUCUGGCCUGCCUGGUCUCAGCACCCAAAGUCUUCCAGUGCCUGUGCAAGGACCAGCUGUACCCACUGAUUGGCUUAGCUGUGGGGUUCAUUCUGAUCGCUGAACUGAACACGAUUGCCCCAAUCAUCUCCAACUUCUUCCUGUGCUCCUACGCACUCAUCAAUUUCAGCUGUUUCCAUGCCUCCAUCACCAACUCGCCAGGAUGGAGGCCAUCGUUUCGUUACUACAGCAAGUGGGCUGCGCUCUUCGGUGCCGUUGUGUCUGUCGUGAUCAUGUUUCUGUUGACCUGGUGGGCAGCUCUGAUAGCCAUCAGCAUCGUUGUCUUCUUACUGGGCUACGUGCUCUACAAAAAGCCUGAAGUGAACUGGGGCUCGUCUGUGCAGGCAGGUUCGUACAACUUGGCCCUGAACUAUUCCGUGGGACUCAAUGAAGUCAAUGAGCACAUUAAGAACUACAGGCCCCAAUGCCUGGUCUUAACAGGCCCCCCCAACUUCCGCCCAGCCCUGGUGGAUUUUGUGGGCACGUUCACCAAAAACCUCAGCUUGAUGAUUUGUGGAAACGUGCUGAUAGGGCUGUGCAAGCAGAAGAUGUCAGAAUCCAGGCUCACCUCCAAUGGCCAUAUGAAGUGGCUGACCAAAAGAAAGAUUAAAGCUUUCUAUACGGAUGUGGUAGCUGAUGACCUGAGAAGUGGAGUCCAAAUGCUUAUGCAGGCAUCCGGCCUUGGGAAGAUGAAACCUAACAUCCUGGUGAUGGGCUACAAAAAGAACUGGCAGAGAGCGCACCCCAGGACUGUGGAGGAGUACACGGGAAUCCUGCAUGACGCAUUCGACUUCAAGUAUGGAGUGUGCUUAAUGAGAACGAAGGAAGGGCUGAAUGUUUCCAGGAUGAUGCAGGCUCACAUUAACCCAGUUUUUGACCUAUCAGAAGACCCCAAAGAGAAUGGAGCAAAUGGAGUGGUACCCACUGUGACAGGCACAUUGGAUCCUGAUGCCCUGAGAGCAGAACAGCAAGCAAGCACCAUCUUCCAGACUGAACAGGGCAAGAAGACCAUUGACAUCUACUGGCUCUUUGAUGAUGGAGGUCUGACGCUCCUGAUUCCCUACCUCCUCAGUCGCAAGAAGCGGUGGGGAAAGUGCAAAACCCGGGUGUUUGUUGGUGGGCAGAUCCAGAGGAUGGAUGAAGAGAGGAAGGCGAUUGUGUCUCUGUUGAACAAGUUCCGCCUUGGGUUCCAUGAGGUGCAUGUCCUUCCCGACAUUAACCAGCAACCACGCCCUGAACACAUCAAGAGAUUUGAUGAGCUGAUCGCCCCCUUCAGGCUGAACGAUGGGUUGAAGGACGAGGCUGUGGUGAAUGAAAUGAGGCGGGACUGCCCCUGGAAGAUUUCUGAUGAGGAGGUUAAUAAAAACAAAGCGAAGUCACUUCGACAAGUGAGACUGAAUGAGAUCUUGCUGGAUUACUCACGCGAUGCUGCUCUCAUAGCCAUAACCUUGCCAAUCGGCAGAAAGGGGCGAUGCCCCAGCUCCCUCUAUAUGGCCUGGCUAGAAACCCUCUCACAAGACCUAAGACCUCCAGUUAUUCUGACCAGAGGAAACCAAGAAAAUGUUCUGACAUUUUACUGCCAAUAGGAUGUGGCUGAAUACACAGCAGGUUGGGAUGUGAAUUUUUCAGGCCAGGCUGGAAAGAACUCUUCUGGAUUUUGGGAUGGUAGUGGUUGGUGAAAGCAAACAUUCCUGGUUUCAGCUGACGGCAGCCAAUGAUAAAGGAUUGCUGAUGGGAAAUGACUAACACUGGGUUACGCCAUUUGCCCUCCCCUUUCUGAAAACUGAUCUUGCUGAUCCUAGUCUGUGUGUCUCCCAUGCUGCAAACAGCCCUGUGCUAGCAGCUGGAAAUGCAUCAACAAUCUUAAUCAUAAUUGUAUAAAAGCUGCACUUUCCCUUGUUGGCAAAGAAAAGAGAGAGGAGAGAGACGAGAGGGAGGUGGGGAAAACAAGCAGAAAAAUGAAUAGGGAUGGUGCUGGUCUUAGAAUUUCGGGGAAGGAAAGGGAGAACCCAUUGUGUUACAAUCCCACCUUGCAGCAUAGAGGUUUGUGCCAAUGUAUUGUUCCAGGAUGUUCUCUGUUGUGUCCACACAUAUUGUGCUUUCUAUGUCUCCACAAAGGGAAUUGCGCUGUUCAAAGUCUGAACUGUGUCAACCUCACAACCCUCUGUAAAUCAGGCUUCCUGCCCCUUAUUAAAGCUGAGGAAAUGGAGGUCAAGUGAGUGACCCAAGGCCACAUUGUGUG